AUGAAUAAAUAUGCCUUCAUCCAGCAGAUUUCUCAUUACAAAAAUAAUUAUUUAAUAAUUAUGUUUACAGAGAUCACCAAAGAAUACGACCAAAGAAGAGCAGAGUUAAAAUACCGAUCCUCUCAAGCAAGACAAGAAUUAAAUAAACUAUCAGGAUCUCUAUCCACCCAUAUAUUAAAUUCUUUAAAUUCCCAAGUAGAAGCACUGCAUGAGAAUCAAAAACAAAUCGAAGUCCAGACAAAACAAUUCAGACAAGAAUCUACGAAACUAGCAACUCAGACUAAAAAAUGAAUCACAAUGUAUGAUCAAUUAAAUGAUGCUUUAAAACAAGUAGGGGAUAUUGUAAAUUGGGCAGAAAUUAUUGAAAACGAUAUGAAUCAAGUAGCAUCAGCUGUAAGCAAGCUGGUAGAAGGUAAUGAUUUGAGAAGUAAUUAA